AGUGCUCCCCAGCCGGUGUCUCUGCUGCCAUGGAGGUGGGCAGCCUCCCUGUGGAGCUGUGGAGGGUUAUCUUGGCCUACCUUCCUCUCCCUGACCUGGGCCGCUGCUGUCAGGUGUGCCGUGCCUGGCGGGAGCUUAUCCUCUCCCUGGAUAACACCCGCUGGAGACAACUCUGCCUGGGCUGCCCUGAGUGCAGACAUCCCAACUGGCCCAGUCAGCCCCAUCUGGAGCCCCCAUCCUGGAGGGAGGCGCUGAAGCAGCACGCCAUGGCCACCCGCACCUGGACUCAAAAUGGGCCAGAGCUCCAGUCCUCUGCAUGCCUCCUCUUUUUUCGCCGCCGGAAAGACCGCAGGGUUUGGCAUGUGGGACCUGGGUGUGAGUUUGAAACCCUGCGCGGAGCUCUUGGGGUGGUAGGGCCGUACGACCGUGUGGUUCUCCAUCCAGGGGUGUAUGAGGAGCAGGCUGAAGUGGCACUAAAGGUGCCUGUGGAGCUGGUUGGGCUGGGCAGACUAGGCGAGGUGGCCCUUCUGGUGUGUAUGGAGCAACAGUGUCCAACUGCCAGGCUGUGUAAUCUGGUGUUCAUGCCACCCUGGUUCUCCACUGUGGUCUACAAGACGUCAUGGGGUCAUGUCCAACUAGACAACUGCAACUUUGAGGGGGCUCAGCUGCAAAUCCGUGGCCCUGGAACUUGUCAAGCACGCUUCUGCUCCUUCUCACAGGGCAGCUCUGCUCACUUGCUAGGUGUUGUCCUCAGUUUAUUGGACAGCUGUGACUUCUCAGGAAGUGACACAGCUUCUGUGUCAGUGGAAGGUCCUCCAGUUUCAGAAAGAAACUGGGCUUGCAAACAUUUGGCUGGCCUGGCCAGGACAUUCCCAUCAUGUUGUUUAUUAGGAAAUAAUAAUAGCCCUCACAGAAGCCUCCAGGCCCAUGCAACUGGUGGGCCACCUGGUGUUAAUGUUAAAAGGGAGCACAUGAGUAUAGAAGACUGGCAGAGAAAGAAUGGCGUGGAAGCAGUGUGUCAGGGUACAGUGAUUGAAGAUGGCUGGAGUGAUGGUGAGCGCAGCGAGGGAGAGGAGGAGAACCGGAUGGGAGAGCGAACCAACACCAAAAAUCCAGUUACUCUGGAUUACAAAAUUCCGUGUCAUCAUCAUGGCCUAUCCCACAUGCUCAAACCACGGCCAGAUGGUUCUCUGUCAUUGGCCUCCUCACCUGAUCCUCCAUCAGUGACCCCUGAACCCCUCACCCUUCAGCAGGAAUUAGACAGGGACCCAGAGGCUCAGAUGUUGGCAGCAUCCACUCUUGGCUGUAUCGUCAGGCGCUGCCUCUUCAGGGAGGGGAAGGGUGGGGUGCACUUGUCCAAUUAUGGACAAGCAAGACUUGAGGGCAAUGUUUUCCGUGGGCUGAACUAUGCUGUCCGCUGCAUCCAUAACUCUACAAUAGUGAUGCUGAGAAAUGAGGUGUGUGAGUGCCGUGCUUCAGGCGUGUUCCUGCGUCUUUCAGCUCAGGGCCUCAUUGCAGAAAACAACAUCCACUCGAACGGGGAAGCAGGGCUGGACAUCCGAAAAGGGGCAAACCCCAUCAUUGUGUGUAACAAAAUACACAGCGGUUUGCGUUCUGGGGUUGUUGUCCUUGGAAAUGGAAAAGGUUCAAUUCGGAGUAAUGUAAUCUAUAACAACAAAGAAGCAGGCGUGUAUAUUCUCUUCAGUGGAAAUCCUGUGGUCAGUGGGAAUCACAUCUUCCAAGGCCAGGCUGCCGGGAUUGCUAUAAAUGAGAAUGGCAGAGGGAUGAUAACAGAGAAUGUGAUCAGAGAGAACCAGUGGGGGGGUGUGGACAUCCGCAGAGGAGGUGACCCCAUCCUGAGGAACAACUACAUCUGUCAUGGCUACUCAGACGGCGUGGUGGUGGGGGAGAGAGGCCGCGGACUUAUCGAGGGAAACCAUGUCUACUGUAACAAAGGCUGUGGUGUGUGGGUUAUGUCAUCCAGUCUGCCGCAGCUCUUAGGAAACUACAUCACCCAUAACUGUAUGUAUGGGCUAGCAGUUUUCUGCAGGAAGGACCCGGAGAACAUUGAAGCCAGGGAGGGGAACUGGCCAGGGCAGGAAGGGAUUGGUGGAGAAGGAAGUGGAGAAAGGAGGGGAGUAGAGGGAGAAGACAGAGAGGGGCAGGAGAACUUGAAUGAGGAGGGAGAAUUGUUUGCAUGGGAGAGCGAUCUGGACAGUGAGGAUGAGCGCCACUCUGCCCGUCGCUCCAUCAGCGUGGCCCUGGUGGAGAGCAACUGCAUGAGCUUCAAUGGAGCAGUUGGCCUGUAUGUGAAGAGCAGUGAGCCACUCAAUGUUUUCACAAAUCUUGUCAACAGUAACCGGGGAAUUGGCAUUGGCGUGCUGCAGAGCAGUCAAUUGACCCGUCUGGUUACAAACUGUGUUCUUGAAAACGGUCGAGGUGGUGUUACAGUGGAGAAAGACUGCAGGGUGGAGCUUCGUGGUAAUGGCAUAUAUGAGAACUUUGGCCAUGGUGUCAGUUUCAAUGGUAACGGGCAGAUUGUGGAGAAUGAUGUGGUUGGAAACCGUGGAUAUGGGAUCCAGGUCUCUGGCAGUGCUGAUAUCAAGGUACUGCGCAACCGUGUUCAACCAGCACAGGGUUGUGGCAUCGCUGUGCUGGGGCCAGUAAAAGGUGCUGUCCAUGACAAUCUGUUAUUUCAAGGCCACCCUGGAAACAAAAAAACACUGCUACAUAUGGAUCCUGGCAAUGAGAGCUGUGUGUUGCGCAACAACAGUAUUCUAAGGCAUAAUAACAGCUGUACAUCUGCUCCUCCCUGGGUUUUGGAAAAUCCUCCCCCUCGUCCACUGGCCAGCUCCCCUUCUGGACUCUCCUCAUCCCAAUAUCCUUCCCGACUUGGAAUUUCCAUGACAACAAGGAUCAGUGCCACUGUGGAGAGUGGUUGCCACAGUGGCAGCAUGUUCUGCUCAAUUCUAUGAAAAAUGGCAAGCACUAUAAUGAAUGAAUUUGCCAAGAGGUCAGCAUCUGGUCACAUUUGGUGUGAUGCAUACAGGACUCUUCUCCACUGUGACCUCAAAGACAAUCUUCUAUGACGCCUUCCCAUUUGGGUGGAAUCCAAGAAGAAAGACGAUGCACCAAUUAUAACCACUAUAGUGGCCAUUUGCCUAACAUUAUAUUAUGAUGGUACAUUUUGUAAAUCAGAAAUCUGACUUUUUUAAUUUUAUCAUGAAUGCCAAUGCAUUCAUCAAAUCUGGACUAAUGAUGUGAAGCUGGAGUACAAGACAUUCAAGCAUCAUUCUACAUCUUCAACAAUGAUUUCCACACGAAAGCUUUAACUUAAUGUUCUCUUUUGAACAGACUUCAUAUUCACGCAUAGAAGUUGCUGUAGUCUUCUGUUCGUGCGCUUCAGCGACUCACUGGUUAGGAAGUGCACAGUUCUAAAUCCUAGCAGGAGUCAAAGCAGCUUCAACCAUGUAUCAAAGUCAAACUGUGCCUCGUUUGACUUUUUUAAUCAAUCAGUGAUUGUAGCUAGAGAAGGAGUGGUCAUAGCGUAACGUGCAUAUGCAAAAAAAGAACAAAGCCAAACUCUAGCUUCUGCCUCUUGCACAGAGCUGUUCUGUUUCCUGGUGAGUCUGUAUUGUAUCAUAUUCUCAUCUGUUUUUGUUUUGUUUAAGUGAUGCAAUGCAGCUUUCUUGGACUUCUUGCACAAAAUUCAAUGAGGCAAGACAAGAAAUCAUUCCAGACACUAUCAGCCCACUGCGAAGUGACACACAACCACACAGACUCACCAGGUAAUAGUCAAUUAUAGAAGGAAAAAAGAUGUUCAGUGUGCAAUAUGUGAUGUCUACAGAU